UGAAGUGAAUUUUGUAGGUGGUAGGUACUAAAAAACAAGUGGAACACUUUUGUCACACAACAACCUCGUCGUUUUCUUCUUCUUAUUCACUCUCUUCAAGAUUCCUCCUACAAACACAAUAUUAUUAUUAUUUUUUUGCUUUUCUUUCAAUUUUCCCGCUCCAUUAAUUCUUUUAUUUUGAUGUGUUAUUACUCUGUUGUUUCUUUUCUAUCAAUGUUCUAUUGUCACACUUUGUUUUUUCUUUAUUCUGAAGCAAAGCUAUUACUAAAUUGCAUUGUUUUCUGAGAAAAAGUGGAACAACAAAUGAAUGCUAGAACACGCUCAACUCUUCACUCAAUCAAAUCUUCUUUAAAUGAUGCCAAAGAGAAGAUGGAAAGUGGUGGAAGCAAAGCAAUGAAAAAUGGGCGAAGAUCUAAUAAUAGAGAAAGGAAAAUGGCAUUGAUACAAGAUGUAGAUAAGUUGAAGAGGAAACUGAGACAUGAAGAGAAUGUUCAUAGAGCUUUAGAAAGAGCAUUUACAAGACCUUUGGGUUCUUUACCUCGUCUUCCUCCUUAUCUUCCUCCAUAUACAUUGGAGCUUCUAGCUGAGGUGGCAGUGUUGGAAGAAGAAGUGGUAAGGCUUGAAGAACAAGUUGUGAAUUUCAGACAAGGUUUAUAUCAAGAAGCUGUGUACAUAUCCUCAAAGAGAAAUGCAGAAAAUUUGAAUGACCCUAUUGACCAAAACUCAAUGAGAAGUAGUUCAAAGCAUCAGAGAUCAAAAUCCUAUUCACAAACUGAGUUUAAUUCAAUGACAAGGUCUCUGCCACAGCCUUCACUUUCCAGAAGUGCUUCUAGCAGAAAGCUAUUAUUCUCUCCUGACACUGUCACUGGGAAUGGGAAGCAAUUAUUGCACAGAAAACAAGAUUCAUUUUCAUCUAUUCCAGAAGAAGGAAGGGGAAAAGAGAAUCAAUUGUUUAGUAACUUUGUGAGAGAUAAGCAUUCUCCUGUGAAGAAAAUAUCCAAACUCAUCACUCCUUCAAAGAAAUCUCCACUCAAACAAGAAUCAGCUCAGAAGUCAAUGGAUCACUUGAAAUUGCAGUUGGACUGGAGAUUAAUAUCAGAUCAUGAAAGAGCAAAGAGUUCCUCAAAUUCAUCAACAAAUGAUAAGGUGUCAGAAGUUGAUAGCACACCAAAUAGAGUUUCAGAGGAUCUUGUCAAGUGUUUGUGUAACAUAUUUAUGAGAAUUGGUACUUCCAAGGACAAAUUUGUGGAACCAAAAACUCCUUCUUGUAGUAAGGAAAAAAAGGGUCAGUUGUGUGAUCCUUAUGAUAUCUGUUCAGAAUCCAAAACAAGAGAAGUUGGUCCAUAUAAGAAUUUAUGUGAAGUUAAAGGUUCCACUUUUGAUCUCAACAGAAAAACAAAUGCAAUGUUUUUGAUCCAUAGGUUGAAGUUCCUACUUGGGAAAGUUGCCUCUUUGAACUUGAAGGGUCUUACUCAUCAGGAAAAACUUGCAUUCUGGAUAAACACUUAUAAUUCUUCUAUUCUUAAUGCAUACUUAGAACAUGGCAUACCUGAAAGUCCUGAAAUGGUUGUAGCACUAAUGCAAAAGGCAACAAUAGUAGUUGGGGGACAGUUGCUAAAUGCAAUCACAAUAGAACAUUUUAUAUUGAGACUGCCUUAUCACCUUAAGUUUACAUGUCCAAAAGCUGCAAAAAAUAAUGAUGAGGUGAAAGCAAGAAGCAUAUUUGGAUUGGAAUGGUCUGAGCCUUUAGUAACAUUUGCACUUUCUUGUGGAAGCUGGUCUUCACCUGCAGUGAGGGUGUAUACAGCAUCAAAAGUUGACAAUGAGUUAGAAGCAGCAAAAAGAGAUUAUUUACAAGCUUCAAUAGGCAUUACAAAAACAAACAAGAUAAUAAUCCCCAAGUUGCUGGAUUGGUAUUUACUUGAUUUUGCAAAGGACCUUGAUUCUUUAUUGGAUUGGAUUUGUCUCCAAUUAUCUGAUGAAAUAAGAAACCAAGCAGUUAAAUGCAUUGAAGGAAGGGAAAAAAUGUCUCUUUCACAUAUGGUACAAAUGAAGCCUUAUGAUUUUAGUUUCAGGUUGCUUUUACACCAAUGAAUCAGUGACAUUCUGAACUUUGGUGUGGUGGGUAUUUUUUGUGUACAUUGGUUUACAUAGAAAGUAUAUAAAAGCCAAAACAUGUAAUAAUGUUUUUUAUUUAUUUUGGAAAUGGGUUUUGGCAUUUUUGGUUAUGGUCAUUGUUGAUUAGAUAUGUAUGGUUUAUAGGAAAUAUACAUAGAUAUUUCUUAGACAUUCAUUUGGUGGCAUACAUUUUGGAUUUUUUAGGAUAAUAUCAUGUUGCUUUAA